AUGGCGGGCAGAAGUCCCGGGCUCUCGGGCCGUGGGACGCGCGCCAAGCGCGCAGGGGUCGAUGGAGUGGCCUUCUGCAGAGUCUUGGGCGCCCGGCGCGCUGAGGGAGCGCUCAUUCUCCAGACCAAGCAGUCUGGCCGAAAGAACUCCUGGUGGCUCUUUGCGCGUCGCGCGCUCGAGAGAAGCGGCUCUCCUCGACUCCGGCGGGCGGGGCACUGCUCUCCCUACAGGUCCCAGGACCUGCGCUGGGCCCCCUGCUCCCUCCUGGCUGGAAAGAAGCCUCGGCUACCCAGCCGCCCGCGCACCGGCGCCUCGGAGCCACGGCGCAUCCCAGUUUCCUGGAGCUUCUUUCCGAGUCCCCAGGGCCGGCUCAGUCUGGAACCCGAGUUUCAGUUUUCCAACUGCCGCCUCCUGAAGCUUUCCACACUCGGACCCACCUGGUGCCCCUUCCCAGCCUAA